AUGGGAAAGAGAGGAACAAGGUUACCAGGCUUUUGCCUCAACAGAAUUAGGCCUCAUGCUAGAGUGCGUUCACCACCUGCACAAGCCAAACAUGACACAACAAGUGCCACUAAUAUUGAUCAGAAAACCGAGAAUUCAUGCAGUGCUUGUGAGGAGAAAUCCGAUGAUGUGGGGAAACCUGGGUCUGUGAUUGGUAGAAAGAUCAUGAUUGUGGUUGAUUCUAGCCUUGAGGCCAAAGGUGCUGUGCAAUGGGCACUCACUCACACAGUUCAGAACCAGGAUACUAUAGUUCUUCUUCAUGUGAUGAAGCCUUCUAACAAACAAGCCACCGAUGAAGAGUCCAGCAAGGAGAUAGCUCCAAGGGCUUAUGAACUUGCUUCCUCCUUCAAGAACAUGUGUCAAGUGAAAAGGCCUGAGGUACAAAUUGAGAUUGCAGUAAUAGAAGGAAAGGAAAAGGGCCCAAAAAUAGUGGAAGAGGCCCAAAAACAAGGCGUGGCACUUCUGGUAUUGGGGCAGAAGAAGAGGUCCACAACAUGGCGUCUUCUAAUGAUGUGGGCAGGCCAUAGAGUGACUGGUGGGGUGGUAGAGUAUUGCAUUCAGAAUGCACAUUGCAUGGCAAUUGCUGUGAGAAGAAAAAGCAAGAAAAGUGGAGGCUACAUGAUCACUACUAAGCGUCACAAAGAUUUCUGGCUCUUAGCUUAA